GUGCCCGCCGGCCGGGAGCCGCCUGUUGAUCGCGCGCCCGCCUGGCCACGGCGCGCCCUGCUAGUGGCCCCGCUAUUUCGAGCUGACGGACUGACGGCUCGCACCGCCGGCUCCGGGAUGGACGCACGAACGGUGGCAUUCUGAGGUCUCAGGACGCUGGCCCAUUUAAACGUUCACGGCCCAUGAGAAGGGCAUCUGAGAAACCAUGGCGCUACCUUUUCAAAAAGAGUUGGAGAAAUAUAAGAACAUUGAUGAAGAUGAGCUUCUUGGAAAACUCUCAGAAGAGGAAUUGAAACACUUGGAAAAUGUUCUUGAUGACCUAGAUCCCGAGAGUGCCCUGCUACCAGCUGGAUUCCGACAGAAAGACCAGACACAGAAAGCAGCCACCGGCCCCUUUGACCGCGAGCACCUCCUCAUGUACCUGGAGAAGGAGGCUUUGGAACAGAAAGACAGGGAAGACGUUGUGCCUUUCACUGGAGAAAAGAAAGGGAGAGUCUUUAUCCCCAAAGAGAAGCCCGUGGAAACGCGUAAAGAAGAAAAAGUGACCCUUGAUCCAGAACUGGAGGAAGCUUUGGCCAGUGCCUCCGACACUGAGCUCUACGAUCUUGCAGCUGUUCUUGGAGUCCACAAUUUGCUCAAUAACCCAAAAUUUGAUGAAGAAACACCCAACAGUAAAGGUGGCAAAGGGCCUGUGAGAAAUGUGGUCAAAGGUGAAAAGGUCAAGCCUGUAUUUGAGGAACCACCCAACCCCACAAAUGUGGAAGUAAGUCUGCAGCAGAUGAAAGCUAACGAUCCCAGCCUCCAAGAAGUCAAUCUCAACAACAUUAAGAACAUUCCAAUUCCAACCCUGAGAGAAUUUGCAAAGGCUCUGGAGACCAACACCCAUGUCAAGAAGUUCAGCCUGGCUGCCACCCGCAGCAAUGACCCUGUGGCAAUUGCUUUUGCAGAUAUGCUGAAAGUGAACAAGACCUUGAAAAGUCUAAACAUAGAAUCCAAUUUUGUAACUGGAGCUGGGAUCCUGGCCCUGGUGGAGGCACUAAGAGAAAAUGACACCUUGACAGAAAUCAAGAUCGACAACCAGAGACAGCAGUUGGGAACAGCCGUAGAGAUGGAAAUUGCCCAGAUGCUCGAGGAGAAUUCAAGGAUCCUCAAAUUUGGAUAUCAGUUUACCAAGCAAGGGCCUCGAACGAGGGUGGCAGCUGCCAUCACGAAGAAUAAUGAUCUGGUUCGUAAAAAGCGAGUUGAAGGAGACCGAAAGUAAAUUCCUACAAGAAGCGAGGUUUCACCACGGCAGCCAUUUGAAAACGAACAAAAGCGCUUCUCCCCCACCGGGACUGUUUUACCAAAGGUGGUUCAUUUCCGUUAACCGCAAAACUCACAUUUAAUGUUCAUUCUUUUUUAGCACGACUUACUUAUCUGGGAUUUUUAAAUACAUACGAUUGUUUUAUUUGCUCGUGGGCGCCCCUGGCAACUUGCACCAGUGGACAUAGGCAGGUCUUAGUGGGUGACAACGAUCGAAAAGGAUUUAACCACUUUCACAUUGGGUUGUCUCGCUUACGUGGACUUUUUAUAACCACUGAAAGGCGUUUAGUAUGUAAGUGUGUUUGUAACUGAUGAUGAUAGAGGCCUAUCUCUGUUUACAUGCAUAGCUUUGAGUUAGGCUAAAUACAGCAGAAGUGUUCUGCUGACCAUAUAAGAAGUUAGUAUUGCCAAUCUUUCACUGGGUGAGAAAUGCGACCCAAUUUAGCACAAAUUCUUAGUUCCAGAAAUAUCACUGAAUGCACAUGCCCCACUGAUCAAAAAUCAAUGGGAUCAUCUUCAUAAAAACAAGACAGCAUUAUGAUACUUUAACAUAGCCUCAGUAAAGAAGUAUAAAGUGUUUAUUAACCCACAAAUAUAGCUUCAAGCCAGACUCACAGGUAGCAAAAUUAAUUGGCACACCUACCUUUACUAAUUAUUCAACAUAAAUGCAAUCUUUAACAUGACUCUGAUGGAUAACUUUUUACAAAGCUGUUUUAAAGUUCUCCAGACAGGAUGGGAUAUUUUUAAGCUUUAGUAAGAGGGAGGCUUUUGAAACAAUACACGCCCAAAUAAAACAAUAGUAAUUGUACAUUAAUCAAGGCUGUCUGAUACACAUGACCGCACUAUUGUGGCAAAUUUUAGAAGGAUUUAUUGCUUUUUCUUUAGUGUAACAAGAUUGCAGGAUAAAAGGUGAACAUUCAAGUUAAUUAUACUGAUUUUAGUCUACAUGGCAUGAUCCAUCCAGAUACUUGCAAACAUCAGGAAAACGUGUGAAGGAUCACUUAUCCAGAUGUUUGUCAUCUCAAGAACGAAGGCUGUGAAAGUACCGCGGCAAUGAUUGCAUGGUAGUAUGCAUUAAUCUUGCAGAGGUCAGAUGCUGAAAUAAGGAAACCAGUGACUACAGCCUUUGGCCCAAGUGCACACGUCUCUGAUAACUGUCAGUGCCCACGGCUGUAAUUGGUGGCACUCUUAACAUUAGCUUUUAUGUCUCCCUUCCUUAUUCCCUUCUCCCUUUCCUUCCAACUCUUCUUUUUCUUUUCUUUGUAAUGCUGAGUCUUGUAAAGGCGGCAUUCCUAGUGCUGGUAAUAGCUGGAGCUAAAGGGGUUGCUGACUUUGGCAAAGGUGGGCCCAGCCCAGGAUUUGUUUAGUAAUUGAGUCUUCCUGCAUUGCUUGAUAGCAGUAAAACAGGUUUAAAAAAAUGAUAAAUUAAUUCACAUAUCAUUCUUGCUAUAUGUAGAGCACAUGGAAACCAUUUCAGAUAGAUAGCCUUUAUAAAAUUGGACAUUUACCUGUAUUUUAAGUUCUCACCUCUGUAGCCCUGAAAUUCUUGGAAACAUCUCAUUUUCUUGAGAAUACUUUACAUUUUGGGGGGACUAAUGAGCAGAACAUGUUGACAUUUUUAGAACCCUAAAAAUUCUUUAGUUUCCCACUACGUCUCCCUAUCUAUACAAAAAAAAAAAAAAAGCACAGUAAAUAGUAUUUAAUGGUUUUCAGUCUGAUUUUUCCUUUCCCCUUACUUACUUAGAUGUGAAAUGUUGGAGCCAGCUCAUACAGGCUUACUGAUUAUUAAAUUUUCAAGAAUUUUUGCGAACUGGUUGUUAAACAUGGCCAUUAUUAAAAAUUAAAUGUCAUGCACUUACGAUUAAGUAAGCUGUAUUAAGAACAAAAGUAAUACUCAAAAGUACAUUUACUAUUUCCUGUGCUCUUACGACUAUUUGCAUCUGUUGUUGUCGUAUGGCAGACAUGCUAUAAUGUUGUACUACUUACAUCUCUUCUGAACUCAGAAGUUCAGGACCUCUUGCUGGAAGUUUGAAAUUGGCCAUGGUGGUGGGAGUAUUUAUACCAAGGAAAUUAGCAAAUUUUACAAAUCAGGGCUUCCUCCUACCCCAUGCCCCCCAGUUUCUGGUUUAUAAACACGCAUUAGCAAUGUAUACAACUCCUUUUUUUUUUUUUUUUUUGUAUACAUAUGUUUUGGUUACCAUGUUGCCAAAGGGGAGAACAUUUCUCUUCUGUUUCUUUCUACUAGCACUUUAGAUUCAUUGCAGAUAUAUUUAAGUGCUAAGUCCCUGGCAUGACCCUGCAAGUAGGACUUUUUCCUUUCUUUUCUCAUUUACUCUUAUUCUUACCUUCACCCCUAAGAAAUCUUGAAUUCUACAGUGUUUUCUGCAGCACCAAGGUGCUGUCGACUGGGGGCUAAAGCAGUUUCUGACAAACCCUGGCAGAAAGCAAGAAAAAAAAUCAGAAUUUAAUAGUGACAGUACUGCAGUUGUUGAUAGCAUUAAAGCAAGAUAAUGGGGUAUUAUCAAAAUUUAGCACUGUUUUAGCUUGUAAAAGUUGGCUCACAUGUAAUAGAAUCUAUGAAAUCAAAUAUUUAUAACUAACCAUUUUAUCUUAAUAUUGCCUAGGUUUUAAAAGUAGCUUGAAAGGUGACAUUUUCAUGAGUAUUCACAUAUGAAAGAUAACUAUUAGAAGAUACACUUACAUUUUGGAGAGCCUAUAAAUCAUUUAAUUAGCCUAGGACUUCAUCUCUCCAUCUUCCCAAAGUGUGCAAGUAGUUUUUUCAUUAUUAUGAGCAUGAUUAAUUCCUUACCAUUCAUCAUGGUGGUGCAUAAUGUAUAUAAAAUAUUUUUAUAUGUAUGCAUUUGCCAAAUAUGAUGCUGAGAUAUUUGGCAACAUCUGGACAACUGAUUGAGGGAGAUCAUCUCUUCCCAGACCACCUCCUUCCCUCUUUUAGAUGUGUAUAGGCCCACAGUAAGUGCAGAAUCACUCACCAGGGCCUGCAGGCUCAUAUCACAGCGUGACUCGUAAAAGGUGACUUUUAGAAGACAAUUUCUGGAAGUCUGGAGAUCACAUCACUAGUCCAGCACUACAUCUCCCCACCGUACAGAAGUGUGUAAAGGAUGCUGUUUCAUCGUCAUGGGCAUGAAUCAAUCUUUUCCUUUUAUCUUGUUAGGGCCUAAUGUAAAUAAGAGUGUGAGUGUGUGUGUGUGUGUGUGUGUGUGUGUGUGUGUUGCCAAAUAUCUAAAUAACUAGGUGUUUGGCUACAUCUGGACAACCGAUUGAAGGGAGAUGCUCUCUCCCAGCUCCUUGUCCCUUGUCCUUUUUAGAGUUACUGCAGAACCAGGUUAAUGUGAAAUCACUCCCUGGAGUUUGCAUUUUAGGUCAUCAACCCCCAAAUUUCAGUGUGCAUGGACAACAACCUUAGGGAAUAAA